AUGGCCGAAAACACAAAUCCUCAAGAUGGCCUCGCUCAGGAGGGCGUGAAACAAGAGAAGGCGUGUGUGGAGAAACGCAACCCCUGGGUGUUAAAAGCUCUGGAAGUCCAGGGCAUCCAGGCCACUCAGGCUCCACUUAUCGCCGUUUUGGGUUCAGGCGGCGGAAUGCGUGCACACAUCGGCUUUCUCGGGGUCCUGAGUGAGUUGAAAGAACUCGGCCUAUUGGACGCCAUCAUGUACCUGGCCGGGGUCUCAGGCUCCACCUGGGCCAUGUCUUCCUUCUACAGCAACCAUGGGGACAUAGCCCAUGUUGAGUCCAAUCUGAAACAUCGAUUUGAACAGCCGGAGUGGUCCAUGUCAGUCAGCAUGCAGAAAGCCAUAGAAUCGUCCAGCUUCAAAAAUUACUCUCUCACUGACUUUUGGGCCUACUUAAUUGUCUCUAGACAGAGCAGAGAGUUCCAGGACUCCUGUCUGUCCAGCCUGAAGAAGGAUGUGGAGGCCGGGGCCCUGCCCUACCCCGUAUUUGCGGCCAUCGACAAUGACCUUCAUCCUGAAUGGGUAAAGAAAAAAAACAAGAAUAUGAUUUUGAGCCUGAAAGAUAAAUUCUGGCGCUCAUCCAAGAGAGAGAUAGCUAGAGAAGCGUUAGACGUAGAAGGUUUGCUCCUGGACUUCCUGGUGACUUACAAAACAGACCCAAAGGCGCCGGGCCUUCCGGAGAUGAUCCAGGCUCUGAGUCAGGCCCUGAAUGCCAUCCCAGAGGAUGGGCCUGAAUAUGCGGAGAAGAUGCUGAAGUGGGAGACCAUGUCUGAGGAGGAGCAAGGCCAGUUCCUACAGUUAGUGGUACAUUCUUUGACACAGCUAAGAAGGCAGCCUUCCCAGUACAUUAGCCUGGGAUCAUGGAUGGACACUGUAUCUUUUCUGAACAAAACCAUAGCGUGCUUUUGGAAUUGGGAAUGGGGGACAGUUUACAACUUCCUCCAUGAAGGUGUCUCCGCCAAUGACAAGAUAGCCCAGGAGAUGUGUAACCGGAAGCUCCUUCACCUGGUGGAUGCUGGCUUGGCCAUCAACAGUGCCUAUCCCCUCGUCCUGCCCCCGGCACGGGACAUCCAGCUCAUCCUCUCCUUCGACUUCAGCGCUGGGGACCCUUUCGAGACUGUCCUGGCUACCGCUGACUAUUGCAAGCAGCAUGGGAUCCCCUUCCCCCCUGUGGACAAGGCCAAGCUGAAGCAGUGUGCUGAGGCCCCUGAUAGCUGCUACAUCUUCAAGGGGGACACUGGACCCACUGUGAUGCAUUUCCCCCUCUUUAACCAAUGCAACUGCAAAGAUGAUAUUGAGGCUUGGAGAAAUAAAUACGGCACGUUCAAAAUCUCUGACACCUACACGUUGGAGCUGGUGCAGGAUCUUCUGGACAAGGCCAAAGAAAAUGUGCGGAACAGCAAGCAGAAAAUCCUUGACACGAUCAAGGAGAUGAUGGAAUAG